AUUAUAUCGUCGCAUAAAGGUUACACGCAAUCUGAAGGCGUAAUCAUUGUGCAAAUAAUGGCGCUCGAUGCAGCACAUACAUUUACACUGUGGAUAUUCAUAUUUUCUUUGAAAAAUGAUGCAUAUGAAGCCACACCUAUGUAUACUUUGCCUUCAGUGGCGCAUACUUUGACAGGAAAAGGCCAUCACAUCCAUACGUCUACACCAUUUGUGUACGAAGGAAAACUGUUUUCAUCGUUUGUUAUAAGUAUUAAUGGAUUCGUGGCUUUCACACAUAACGUCACAGAACCAGAUUUCAAUAACAUGGACUGGAGCAAGACUGAUAUUUCUCCUCUUUUGGACCUACCGUUCAUAGCCCCUUACUACCAUGACGACAGUCAGUACCAACGCGUGGAAUAUGGUCAGAUAGAAGACACACGCCUAAACAACUUUGGAGACUAUUGUAGUGCGCAAGUCAUAGCCUCCAGCAACUUCCGUCCAAAAUAUGGGAUUAUGGUAUCAUGGAUCAUAUCUUCUACGGACUUAACGAUGUGUGGAGUUGGAUCUAAUCAAUGUUUGAGCAACACUUUUCAGUUAGUCUUGUUGACUGAUGGCAAUGAGUCUUUUGCAAUUUUUAACUAUGAAAAGAUGGACAUGGCAGCUUGCAAGAAUUGUAAGGCCGGUUUCAAGGGAGACGACUGGACUGAUAUAAUAUCUCGGCGUUGGGGGCUUCGAGAGUUACCGAACAAACAAAGUAGUGACACUGUUGGAAGAUAUGUUUUCAAGAUAUCACCAGGACGAAUUGUCAGAGCCGGGUGUUCCACAGAUACAUAUACAAACAAACUCACUACAUACCCAACGUACGCUGGAAUGUUCGGCGGACGAAUGAUUGACGUGUCUGGACCCUGUUUCAAUCGAACGGAGACGUACACAUGCAGAUUCGGAGAAGGACCUGAUGAGAGUAAAGCCAUAUACUUAAGCCCAAAUCGGGUACGCUGCAUGGUGCCCCGUCUGUUGUUCAGAGACAACACUACCCUGUCUCUUCAAGCAAAUGGCCAAACCUACACUGCGGAUUUCUACAUAGUUUUUCCUGGAAGGCUGACCCGAGAGGAAUCCGUAGGUGCUGUGAGGAGCAAGGAGGACAUGGGGUGGUAUGCGAGUGAUCCUUCUACUUUGACCUUGACAUGGGGAAAAAACUUGCUUAGCAGCAACCCUGAAGACCGCGUAGAAGUAAACUUGAUUGGUUACAAAGAAUUUGACAACAAGGCCUCCUUCACGCUUCUAUCGCGUCUCGGCAGCAACAUCUCUGCCUUGGCUCUUAAAUACACUCUGGACGACCCAAAGCAACAUCAAUGCUCGGGAACCAACUGCGAGUAUGAGCUCGGAUUGCUGGAGGUCAAACUGAUCGGCGAUGCAAAACCGAUAAAAUAUAUGUACCUGUCAAGCAAUGUUAUCCUGCUGGGUUGGUACGUUCGGAGUGUAAACUUAGCGAAAUAUGGCACGAACUGGGCAGCAGACCUCUGUUUACGCUGGUACAACAAAGACAAGAAGGAUAAGAGCUGGGUGGGUGACUUGCUCAGUUGUCCCUGCUCGCUGCAGCAGGCCAUCUUGGACUUUGGCCGUUUUCAACCCGACGAUGGGUGCAAGCUUCAAAAUGCCCAUGUUAAAGGCAACUGCUUUUACCACGAUGCCGUCCACUGUGUCAGAGCAGUGCAACCAACCGGCCUAGCGGGAAACCAGUGCUGUUACAGUAGCUCUGGGAUCCUUGUACACACGGCGGACUCAUUUGGAGGCAGUACCCCGGACAAGGCACAUGACUGGGGUGCCGCGCCAUAUAUCAAAGCGAGAUACGUACCACUCAUGUCCCAUUGGUUGGACGAUCUUGUAACAUUACACUAUUGCUGCGUUUGGACCGCCAAUAAGUCCUGCGAUUAUUAUAUGGACUUAAGGCCUACCACUGACUGUACAGGUUACACCCCGCCAUUACCAGCGACCGUUUAUGGUCAAGGUCAUGUGAUGACCUUUGGCAAAGUAUCGCAUCGAAUGCGCGGACCUGGGGAUUAUAUUCUCUUCAGGAGUGGAAACACAGAAAUCCAGGGGCGCUUCGAACGGAAUCUUUACCGAACUGAGGGAAAUAUUACAAUUUCUGACACUGUGACCCUUGUGGCAGUGGCCGUUCUGGACCGAGGGACGUCAGACCGGGUGGAGAUUGAGCUCCGUGGUCCUGAGUACGACCGCAGAACUCAGCAGCUCAAUGUGCGAGUCAACGGGCAAUACAUAUCGUACGACCAGAAAUCAAUGUAUUGGCAAGAUUACAAAGGAGUGGCUAUAGUAAACACAGACGAGAGGAAUAAGCAGUCCAACUUCACCGUGAUGCUGACCAAUGGUAUUGGCUUCCAGGUUGCAGAGGCUGCGAACACGCUUCAGAUGGAUCUCCUGGUGCCAAGAUCAUAUAAACGGUUCUCUGGUUUGUUCGGGACAUUGUCUGGAGAAAUGCUACUGCCAACUGAUACAAUAAUAGAUGUGAACAGUCCUAAUCCAUCCGAAAAAUACAACCAAUUCCAACUUGCUUGGGCCGUUACGGAAAGUAACAGUCUGUUCCAAACUUUCCUGCCGGCAAACGACCCCGUCAUUUUAAGACCGACCCCCUUGGCGGGGAAGGACAAUACAUCUCCUGAUUAUUGUAUGGGAAACCAGGACUGCAUCUUUGACUUCAGGCACACGGGGUCUGAAGCCAUUGCUAGAAGCAGCCAGAAAGCAGCGGAAAGAUAUGCUUCCCUUUAUGAGGCAUUGACGCCUGUACGAGUUUGUGGCUUACUAGACGUUCCCCGAUCAAUCAAAACAAACUUUGACUACACUCUGGGAACCACCACUACGAUCGCAAGCUGCAGAGUGGGUGAGCUGAAGGGAACCAAAACAUAUGAAUGUGUUGCAACCACCAAUACUACCCAGGAAUGGUCACCUACCGUAGAUGCAGUCUGUGAAGUUAAAUCCGAUGAAACUGCAACUGGACUGAUAGUUGGUAUCACGUUUGCCGUCUGUUUGAUGAUUGCGGCGGCUAUCGCAAUUGCGAUCGUUGUUAUUCGGAAGAGAAGGACGAAGAGGUCUGGCGAGCCUCAUACAACCGAAGAAAUGGUAAAAAUGAAAACGUCUGAAUAAAAAGACAACGAUGGAGAGGCCAUCACUUGCGAGUGAAGACACAGAUUUUUACAUUUAAUAACAAAUGAGUAAUCAGAUACAGAAUGUUAAUAUUAAUCGGUUACCUUCUAAAAUAUAUUUAAAUGUAAUAUUUUUAUCAGUGUGCUAUAUGCACAAUUAUACAAACAUGGAUAUCAGGAACCAGUUUUUGAAACCCAUCACGACAAUAAAAAUUUGUUUGUUUGUAUUAUGUUUUUGUAAGAAAAAUGUUGACUUAAAUUUGAUCAUUACACAUGCUAACAUUAACAUCAAACAAAAGUACCAUGACUAUCGAAAAAAAACACACUAGUACACUAGUGUUGAAAUAAUAAAAUGUUCAUAUAUCAAUUCGUUGGAAAUUGACAUUUCUUGAUGUAUAGAAAAUUAUUUGAUUAAUGACUGAAUACUUUUGCCAGCGACAUACGUGCAAUUGAUAUAAACGUAUUUUUUUACAAACUACAAUAUACUGUUAUUAAACAAAACAAUAGUUUUCAUUUUGUAAUUUUUGUUUUAUUUAUAUGAUUAAAAAUAUUGUAAGUUUUAAUAGUGUAUGAAUUUCAAUCACUGAUUGGACCAGUAAAUAUGGACUUUUUACAAAAAGACAUCUGUAUAUAUAUAACAUAAACAUAUUGUUUUCAUAACGCUCUACUUAUAAAUAACUCUUUCAUAUAAGGCAAACUAUGGACUGCUAUUUUUAUAAGUAUGGUACUCUCAAUGUAUAUCUCUUCCAAAACGUGACAAUUGCUUAUGGUAUAAGUGAUAUCAUGUUUGUUAUAUUCAUUCUCUUAAUUGAAAAUUAAUUACUGAAUUAACUUUUUAGAUUGAUAUGUUUAAACUAAAACUGCACUUGUAUUUUUUCGCUUUAGUAUCCGGGGGAAAACUCGGAAGACCAAGUAUUCAAUAUUGUAAUAACUUCAUGAGCCUAUCACUGAUCCAUUGCCCAAAGCGGACGUGGGGUAUUCGUGUUACACAUAUAAUAUCAUAUUGAUUUAUGUAUGUAUAGUUAAACAUAAUGUACCAAUAAGAUCUAAAAGUAUUUUGGUUUUUUUACUUUUUGUAAACAAUGGAUAUCGAAUGAAAAUUUCCAAAUAAGGUUUUUCCUAUGUAUCUAUAUAUUGAGAUGGCAUGCUGUUUAUGUGUAUUACUACAUGUGCAUGGUAUGAGUUAUUCUUAAUCACAUACAUUUGUUAAAUUCGCUGUUCCUACCAUAUUUUGAGAUUUAUGAUUGCGUAAACUCCAUCCUCUUUUAGAUAUUUGUAUAAUAAGAGUAAUUAAGUGCUUGAAAUUUUGUAAUAAUAUGUGUUUCCAAAUGUAAUGCUAUGCAUGUUUAUGUUUAUCAUGGUAUACUAGUCCUUCGUUAUUGGCUUUAUUUAAUAUGUUUUCUUUGUCUUAUUACCUAUUGGAACUCAUAUACAAUAAACUAUCAAAGCUAUCAAA